AUGGCACCAAGGGUCACAGGAUCAGGCUCUGGUCGUCGUCGUCGUCAACCUGAUGCAAAUCCUCAGACAAGAGCCAGUACAACCCCUCAGCCCAGGCCUUUGGCACCUGCUUCAAUUCCAAGUUCCAUCAACGCUUCAAGUUCCAGCAAUGCUCAAGUUCUCGACCCAAACAUCAAUCCACGCCUCCAAGGCGUGGUCAUGGACGAUGAUGAGGUUGUGCAAGUCCGAGCUGAUCCAGCUUCCGAGGCUAACAUGCAGGCUGGAAAUGGAGAUGUCGACCUGGCAGCUGCUGUCUCUGGACUGUUGCUAUUGGGUGCAACGACUGGUCCAGUUACGCUUGGAAUUCAAAGCGAGACGGCCACUGAAAGCGCUGCUUCAGGGCCCUUAAGAUCAUCCACUCGAGCGGCACGAAAGAACAAAGGUGUAAAGCGACAAAAGCUAGGCGAACCUGAAACUCCUGUGCCACCAGCGGCAGAGCUGUCCAUAUACUCGUUCAAAUCUCGUCGACUCAUCAGUGGACGUGCAGUUCCUCGAUUCAAUAUCUUCCAGGCCAUACUACAGCAUGUCCACAUCUUUUUCCAUUUCGUCACGUGUCUCGACGUGGACAGUCUGAUAUCUCUCUACGCUAUCUCCAAGGAUCUGCACAACAUGGUCAACACAUGUAAUAGCGCAAUUGUUCUGGCUCAAGCUAUGCGCUACGCCCCCAUAGCAGCAUCAACAUUUCCAUUCAGAUGCUACCGCAGUCUGUGCAAUGAAGAUCCACGCGUCGACCUAGAUGUGACUCGAGGCCAGACUCGUAUGAUCCCUUCCUUUCGUUGGCUUCGAAUGAUCCACUAUCGUCAGCAGACAGCACAGAAAAUCGUUCGACUCCUGAACGAAGAGGGUCUCUAUCUCCCGCAAGAACAGGGAGAAAGAGUCGUCAAGAAGAUCUGGUUCCUGAUGGAUAUCCCCGAUAACCAGCGACGCCUCGCUACCAUCCGAAACCUCGAGCUAUGGACUGCAGCCGAUCUUUUCUAUGCAUGCAUGUUCUUUAUGAGAAUCGACAUGCGUUGCACCGAUCCACUUAUUCCAAUCGCACAUGCCAACAUUCGUCGUAUGCUCAUGGCUCAACCUUCUCUAACCAUGACCUGCCUCGUGCUUGAUCGGAAGUUCCUCCUCGACAAACAUCAGGCGAUGCAGACUUACAUGCGCUGGAAGCAUAUACCUGUAGACGGCCAGCAGCGUAAUGUCUUUGGCGUUCCACGGCAUGAAUUGGGUCUGGUGCAGUAUGAGGGGUAUGGGAAGCAUGGUAGUCGGGUCAAGCUUCAGCGUCCUGAUGAGUUGGUUCUCAAAGAAUGCGUGCGCCGGGAAAUGCAGAUGGAGACUGCAUUCUUUUGCAUGUUGAAUUGGGUGGGCCCACAGCAGGUUAAUACUGCGGCUUCUGCUAAUGCUGCUCCUACUAAUGCUGCUGCUGCAAAUGCCAAUGUCAGUGCCAGUGCCAGUACCAGUUCUGUUAAUGCCAACUCUUAUGCUGCUGCCAGUGCUGCUGCCAGUGUUGCUGCCAGUGUUGCUGCUAAUGAUGAUGACGACGAUGCUACUGAGAUCUUGGAUGAGGCGGACAUGUGA